AGCAUAUGCAUUUGAGGUCUCCUUAAAGUGUACUCUUCAUCUUCCAAUGAGUGGAGAUAGACAGAUUGAUCCAACAGUCGUUCAUCCAUCCAUUGCUCUUCUGCAAGAAAGGUUCAGACAGUUGGAGAGAGCCAAGGAGAUGAGGCAGGAGAAAGAGCUCUUACGGAUGUUGCUUGAAUCAAGGCAGAUCAAUGCAGCUAUAACUUAUGUGCCAUGUAGAUCGCUUUUCCACCCUGAACUCAUGCUUUCACAUCUGCCUCUUCAGUGUACACUCAAAGGAGAAGCUAGUAUGCAGAGCAAGAAUACCCAGGUUCAGGCCAUUCAGACUUCACUAUUGGAGAAUUUAUGAUCCAGAGACACUGUCAUAUGCACAACUUACCAUGAUGAUAUUUCAGAUGUUGAUACUUCACUUCAUCUGUGAAAAAGUAUUACAAUGUUAAUCUACCUAGUAAUCCUGUGGUUUCCUUCCGUUUCUUCUUCAUGGGGCAGUAAGAAUAUGGGAAGGAAAAGAAGGAGCUAAAGAAAAAGAAAACAGAAUAUGCAAU